AUGAAGCUUUUUAACCCAGCAACAGCUCUAUACCUUUUGGCUGGUUUACAGAUUGCUGAAGUCACGGCUACAGUCAAUACUUACACCAACCAAUUCUGUUUUACCAGAUAUACUUCAGAAAACCCUGCUACUAUCUUAACUACAACACACAUAAAUACAAUUCAAUCAUUUACCAUUUCCACAUACAACCCGUCAAAUAUAAUCACGGCCACGCCUCCAGGAAUAGCAAUUACCUCCAUCUCCACCUCCAUCUCCGUAGCCACAUCGACUGAAUUUCAAGGACCUAUUCAAACUCUUACAAGCAACAUCAUCUCUACUGGUACAGUUUUUCAGACAACAACUGUGAUUGAAACUACGGAAAUCGGCCCCACUGAAACGGUAACAGUGGCGCAAUCGACCGUAACUGUUCCCACAUCCCCUGGAUUCACCCCUUUGGCGAGCAAUCCUGCUGUGAUUUCAGGUGGAGGAGCAAACAAGGAGCUAAAGCUUCACCGGGAAAUCAACAAGCAAAAUAACGUCCACAAAACGACCAACGUCGGCGGAGAGACUAAUAUUCACAAAACAACCAUCAUCAACAUCAACAAGCCGACCAGAAAGCCAGCCAGUAUAAAUAUCCCCCACAAGUACCCCCCAAGAGACUCUAUCCCCAAAGAUUUGGUUGAUCCUCCUCAACCUAGGGGACAAAAUGAUGUUCACAAAACAACCAAUAUUGGGGGAGAAACCCAUGUCUUCAAAACAACUAACAUCAACAUCAAUAUCAACGUUAAUACACCAACAAAAAGGACAACCACUAAAGCAACCAGUACCAAAAGCAGAUAUUAUCCCCAUCACUAUCCUCCGAGAGAUACUACCCCAGAGCUGGUCGAUUCUUCAGCUGCUCAAGUCAGAGAUAUUGAUCUCGAGACUAAAUCAAAGAGAUCGUGGUUUGAUUUCUGGCCUUCACACGAUAAAAUCAGAUAUCCUUACUUGGUGCGCUGUCAAGAAGAGGUCCGAGUAAUCAGCACCGAAGUGAUCACUCUUCAGCCGCAAGAAGCAACUACUACAACUCUACCUCCACAAACCUCAACUUCCGUUGUAGUAUCGACGACAACACAUAUUGUUACAUCAGCACCAUCUACAACUACUACAAUUGUCCAAGUUGAAAAUGUCACAUCAACAAGCACCGAAAAAGAUAUCAUCACGCAUAGUACUCCUGCUACAACAACUUCAUUCACACCACAAGCUACACAAUAUGAUAUGUGCCAGUCAAACAAUCUAAUAUCUGCCGUGGGAAACGCCGAAGUCUUUACCUCUUAUCCUCGCCUUCCUGCAGUCAACACCACGAUCGCGUGGACAUACAUAGGGGAACCUUACCCUCCACCUGAAGAUUGCUGCGCUCUUUGUGCACAAUCAUCUUCAUGUGUUGGAUACUCCUACGACAUAGAUACGAGAACUGAUUCUUUACCUGGCCCUCAAGUAUCUUGUUCGAUAUGGGAAGAUGCGGUCAAUGUUUGCAAUCCUGCUUCGACUCGCUUCAACUUUUGCGUCUCUCCAACCUUCCCCAAAUGGGACUUUUCGCGCGUAGUAGGAAAUGCUAAUUGCGGACAAGGAGAGCUCGAGAUAUACUAA